UCCACCACCACCGCCUCCCUCCUUUCGCGUGCAGUUCGCAUCAACACACACUUUCUCAUUACGACAGCCCUCUGGCUCCACUUUCUCCCGGGCGACUUACAGCGACACCACACACUCCAGCAUGAUUCUCAAGGUCAGGACACUUACCGGCAAGGAGGUCGAGAUCGACGUGCAGCCUGAAUGGCAGGUGAGUACUGCUAGCGCUGCUUGCUUGCGCGACGCGUCGCUGACGCACACAGAUCAGCAAGGUCAAGGAGAGCGUCGAGGAGAAGGCGGGUAUCCCUCCCGUUCAGCAGCGUCUGAUCUUCGGUGGCAAGGCCAUGUGAGUCGAGGUUUCGUGGGAACGCUACGCCGUGCCGCGCUGCCGGCGCCGAGGCAUCGGGUCGGAGCCGGGACUCGCACUCACACACGCGCAGGGGCGACGACAAGACGAUUGCCGACUACAAGAUCACGACCGGCACCACCAUCCACCUUGUGCUCGCGCUCCGUGGUGGGCGCCGAUGAGCGAGCAGCUCACGAGCAGAGCGCUGCUGGUCGAGCGCAGUUGACGUAGGUCAGCUUGGCGGCGUCGAGACAACAGUGUCGGCGUUUGCCACCGACGGCCAUAUUAGAGGUCGAAUGCAUCUAUUUACCUCAUCGC